CGCAGUACUACCAUUUUGUGGUUGGAAAAUUGUGGAAGACACCGAAAAAUGUCUGUGGUUCUUUCGGUUUUGUUGCUGGCCAUGUGCGCCGGCGCCGCGCUCUCCCAGCAAUCCCAGUACGUGGAUUACCGUGCUGGCACGUUGAACCUGAUCAUCUCGGCGCCCCAUGGCGGGAGCGCCCGUCCCGCCGCUAUCCGCAACCGCACGGCCGGCUGCUACGUGGCGGCGACUCGCCGCUGCGAAUACCGACACGGCUGCACGCCGGACAAGAGCAAAUGCCCCACCGCCACCGACAAAGACAUGAACACCUUCGAAGCCGCCGAGAAGCUGCGCCAAUAUGUCUACGAGCUAACCGGCCGGUAUCCGUACUUCGUCGCCAAUAAACUGCACCGCACCAAACUGGACCCCAACCGCGCCGUAAACGAAGCGGCCUUCGGGGAGCCCCUGGCCGUGACCACCUACGACUUCUACCACGCCAUGAUCACCGCCGCCCGCACCGCCCUGGACGCCGACCCCCGCUACGCCAGCCACCUCCUGAUCGACCUCCAUGGCCAAUCCCACACCCACGAACUGACCGAGAUCGGCUACAACCUCACCGCCGCCGAGCUGGACGCCGGCGUCUACGACCUGCAGCGCAGCAGCAGUAUCCGCUACUUAGCCAACAAAUUCGGGAAUUCCAACCAGGUGGUCAUCGGGAACAUCAGUCUGGGCCGGUAUCUGGAGGACGCCGGGAUGAACGUCAUGCCGGGACCCCGGGAACCGCGGGUCAACGGGCGCAAGUAUUUCGACGGAGGGUACACGGUGGAGACGCAUAAUACGGCGCACAGCGACGCCAUCCAGAUCGAGCUGGCGCGCAGUUUCCGGCUGGCGGAAGCGGGACAGUUCGACACGAAUGUGCGGAAUCUGGCGGAGGGGCUGGUGCGGUUCCUGCGCCAACACUACCCGGAAAACGCCGGCGCUGCGGUUUAAGUUUCAUGGUUUAGCAUAAGUUCUUUGCUCCAGCUAGAUUUUAUCAGCUAAUACAGCUAACUUUCGAAUACUAUGCUUUUUCGAAAUUGUCACGUCUUGCAGCUAACUGCUAUUUAACAGAAAUGCGCAGUUUUGUCCCUUUUACAGCAACGUUUCAAGUUAAGCGGAUAAUAAUGUGAUUUUCGUUUUCGGUGCACGACUACGUAGAAGUACGCGGUUUUAGAGAUUGUUGUUCAUUUCGGUUCAUCAUUAUCUGUAACCAAGCAGCUGCUGAAACAUGAGUGUGAACAUAAUUAGGCAUAAGAUGAAAAAGUAAACGGUGAAACCGA